AUGUCGGGCUACUUCACCAAGCUGGAGAACUACGGCGACUUGGAGGUUGCCAUCAUACGUGCCACCAAGAUCAACAAGGUGUUGAAAAUGAUCGUGAAGCUCAGCUCCAUCCCUCGGGACGAGGAAUUCCAAUUCCGACGCCGUGCCAUGGACCUUUUGUCCAAGUGGAAGACCGUGCUUGAUGCGGACACCCCGGCUGCCAUCACCGAUGAGAAAGACAAGGACGACAGACUGAAGGCUAACGGCGUGAGCAAGGAAGACAGUGUAGACACCCCUACCAAGGCCGACACUGAGGGGGAGAAGGAAGACGAGACCAAGAGCAAGCAAGAUACCGCUGAGCCUCAGGAUGAGCCGAUGGUCGAUGCCGAUGCUGCAGAGAAGUCGGAAGCUCCUGAGCCAGCUAAGGAAGACUCUGACAAGCCGGCCACCAAGGAUGACGCACCCACGGCAGACAAGACAAAUGAAGAUAAAUCCACCGAGGAGAAACCCACCGAGGAGAAACCCACCGAGGAGAAAUCCGAGGAUAAGACUGCGGUAGCUGCUGCAUAG